CCCAGACGGCGCGGCGGAGGGGCACCCGGGGCCGCGUGCGGCCGGGCGGUGGGCGAGCGGUGGCCUCGCGCCCCGCCGUGCGGAGGCACGGCGUGUGCCCCCCUCUCUGGCUCCGGGCCAUGAGCAGCAGCGGCUCCGGCCGCGGCAAGAGCCGCGCCCGGCACGGCAAGCGCCAGUCGAGGCAGAAGGGGAAGGAGAAGGAGAAGGAGAAGGAUUCGAGGAAAGCGAAGGAGAAGGAGGAGAAGGAGAAGGGUCGCGACCGGAGGAAGCGUGACGGCAGUGCCGAGGGGAGCCGCCUCGGAGGCAGAAAGAAGGAGAGGGAUCGCCAGAAGGGGAAGGAGCGCAAGGAGAAAGGCGCGCGCUCCAGCAGCAGUGCCGAGAAGGAGCGCAGCAGAAGUCGGGGCAAGGCUGCGAAGAAGCCAGAGCCGAAAAAGAGCACUCGGGAAAAGGAGAAGGCGAAGGUGACCUUGGCGAAGGCCAAGGCAAAGGAAACGAAGACAGAGGACAGCGAGAGCGAGGACGACAGCGAGGACAGUGACGAGGCUGAGGAAAAGCAGGUGCCGGCGAAGAAAGGUGCAGACGCAGCCAAGCAGACGGCGAAGAAGGUAGAGAACAUUGAGAGCGACGACGACGACAGCAGUGACGAAGCUGAUCAGGUCAAGGAUACCAGCGGUGGCAUGGCGAAGACGGGUGGAGAUGCCGCGAAGAAGGCCGAGGAGCCCAGCGACGAUGAAAGCGAGGACAGCGACGACGGCAAGGAGGCAGCCGCCCCCAGGGCGAAGGAGGAGCAUGCCAGGGCUGCCGCGGAGGCCGAGAGCAGCGAGGACAGCGAGGACGACAGCGAGGACGACAGCGACGAGGCGGCGGAUGGCAAGCCGGGUGUCAACCAGGCGGCUGCUAUCAUCAAGGCCAAGGACGUCCCGCUGAUAGUCAGCGGAUGCCAGAACAAGACCAUCAGCGAGAUAGUGAAGGGUACCUAUCUUGGAUUUCCCGCACACCACCAAUCACAACAAGGUCGUGUAUAAGAAGGACGAGGACACCAGGUCUUCCGACGCCCUCGACGUGCUGAUAUAUUUCUGGGACGAGCGGGACGGCGCGGAGCUGUGCGGCUGGUGGUUUGGCCCCGCGGUGGGCGGCGAGCUGGUGUGGGCCUACCACCCGAGUCGCAAGGCCACGACGCCUCCGGCGGCGGACUGGAACGUGCCACAUGACGGCUCCAUCGACAAGAGUUUCUCUGUGACCGCGGCCAAGCCUGGCCAGGUGAAGCGCAGCAGGCCGCCUCCGCCCGUUGCCCCGUCCAAGCAGGCGCUGCAGCCGCCGACGGUUCCAGCGAGGCCGCUCGCGCAGAAGCCAAAGCACCCGAAGCAGGCGAAGAGGGGCGAGGAAAAGGAGGACGGCACGUCCAAGAAGCACAGCAAGGAGAAGGACAAAAAGGCGAAAAAGUCGGAUGCGCAGAGGAAGCUGGAAGAAGAGGAAGCAGCGCGAGACAGGGCACUUCUGGAGGAUAUCAAGCGUCGCGAGGCGGAGCGCAAGAAGAAGGAGGAGGAAGGCGAUGACGACUCCGAUAGUGAUGAGGACGACGAAGAGGACGACAAACAGGGGGCCGGUAAGGACGACAACGACGACAGCGACGAGAAGUCAGACGAGAAAAACGGCAAGAAGGACGAUGACGACGAAGACGAGGAUGACAAGGACGAGGGCGAUAAUGACAGCGACGACAACAACGGGGCAGACGAGAAGAAGCGGGAAGCGGAGGCGGAAGAGGAGAAGGUACGCCAGAAAGAAGCACUCAAGGAGAAGGAGGCCGCAGAGGCCAGCGAGAUGGCCGCCGCCCGCCAGCGCGAGAUCGCCGAGGAGAGGCGCCGGAACGACGAGGAGCGCGCGAGGAGGGACCAAGAGCAGCUGCGGCACAAGAAGGAGGAGGAGGACAGGAAGAAGAGGGAGGAGGACGAGAAGCGGAAGAGGGAGGAGGAGGCCGCGAAGGAGGCCGAGUCCCGCAGGAAGGAGAGGAAAGAGAAGGACAGCAGGAGGGAAGGGAAGGACGAGAAGAAGGACAAGAGCAAGAAUAGGAAGGCGAGCCGGUCGAGGAGCGCGAAGAAGUCGAAGAAGCAGCCCAAAAAAAAGAAGGACGAUUCUGACGAGGACGGUGAGAACGAAGAGGGCGAUGAUGAGGUGGAGGUGGUGAUGGCGCCAGCAGCCGAGCCACCGCCCAAGCACAUGGGGAUCAAGAUCAAACUGAAGGGCAGCAGGGACGACAAGGGCAAGGAGGCAGAAGGUCAGGACGCCAAGAGGGCCGCGAAGGAGAAGGCAGAACAGGAGCAGAAGCGGAAAGAGGCCCAGCAGCAGAAGGCAGCCCAGGCGGUGAUGGCGUGCAUGCAGAAGCUGUCGGACGUCACCCUGGAUAAUUUUGACGCCCUCAAGGCGGAGUUCGAGGGCGUCGUGGCGAAGGAGCUUCCCAAGACAGGUCCGCAGCACGAUACGCUGAAGGCAGAAUCGGAGCGGGUCUUCAGCUUCGCCAAGCGCUAUGUGGAUGAGCUGAAGGCCAAACAAAAGGCCAAGGAGGCGGAGGUGGCGAAUAAGCGCGGCCUGAGCGACAGCGGCUCCCAGGACGAGGAGGCGGAGGAGAAGGGGGAUGAGAAGCCCAGGAAGAAGAGCAAGAAGAAGGAAUCAGAUUCGGAGGACGACCGAAAGAAGAAUAAAAAGAAGAGAAAGCGGAAGAACGAGUCGGAGUCGGAGUCCGACGCCAAGGAAAAGAAGAAGAAGAAGGCCAAGGACGACGACAAACGGAAAGACGACAAGGAGCGCAGGCGAAAAGGCGAUGAGAAGGAGAGGGAAAAACCGAAGGAGAAGGACAAGGCGAAGAAGAAGAAGAAACGGAACGAUUCGUCCGAAAAGGCGGAGGGCGGUGAGGAGGCGGAGCGCAAGCGCAAGGAAGCAGAGCGGCAGCUCAAAGACGAGAAAGACAAGCGUCGCAAGCAGGAGGAGGAGGAGAAAGAGGACCGGCGGCGAGAAGACGAGGGCGCAAAGGAGGCCGAGCGCCUGAGGGCAGAGGACGAGAAGAGGAAGGCCGAGGAGGAGAAGAGGGCCAGAGAGCGGAAGAAGGAGACCGAGGCGCCCCAGGAGUCUCCAGAGGAGCGCGCGAAGAAACUCGAAGAGCUCCGCAGGAAGAAGGAGGAGGAGCACCGCCGCAAGGAGGCGGACCUGCAGCGGAGGCGCGAGGAGAGGCGACGCAAGGAGAUGGCCUCCAGGGGCGAGGAGGAGGACAAGCGGCGGGCCGAGCGCGACGAGAAGAGGAAGGCGGAGAUGGAGAAGAAGAGGGAGGACGAGGCAAUCAGGAAGCAGGAGGAGGCGCGCAAGAAGGAGGAGGAAGCCGAGAAGGCCCAGAGGGAGGCGGCCGUGCGGCGAGAGCAGAACGCCACCCUCGCGGUCCUCCGGGGCCUGCAGAGGCUCUCCGAGGUCACCCCCGAUAAUUUCCAGGCUCUCCAGGCGGAGUUCGAGGAGGUGAUGAGGGUCGAGCUGCCUCUGACGGGCCCUCAGAAGGAAACGCUCACGAGUGAGGCGGACCGCGUGUUCGGCUUCGCGCAGCAGUUCGUCGAGCACGUCAGGGAGCAGGUCAGGGACGCGCAGGAGAAGGCGGCCGCGCUGGCCCUCAGGGCCAAGGAGCAGGAGGCUGUCGCGAAGAAGCUGCUCCAGGAGUUCCAGGCCCUCGUGGACGCCGCCGAGUCCGCCUCGGAGGAGACGCGGGCCGCCGUGGCCUCGCUCGGCGGCGCGGCGGACGACGAGGCGAGCCCGCUCGGCCGGCAGGCGGUCCUCUGGGUGGCCCGGGCCGCGGAGGCGGCCGGGGUGCGGGCGCUGGCGGCCUGCACGCGGUGCUCGGAGUUCUACAGCCGCGAGCGGGGCGCCAUCCUGGAGGCGGAGGCGGUCCGCGAGGAGUCGGGCCGCGCCCUGGCGGCGCUGAGCCCCCGCGUGCAGGCGGCGCUGCGGGCGUCGUCGGAGGCGCUGGCGCUGGCCAGGGCCGGCAGGGAGAGGGUCGCGAAGGCGGUGGCUCCGUCCCUGUGGGCUGGCAGGGCCGCAGAGGUCUUCCGCAGGCACGACGGCGACGGGGACGGUGUCCUGGAUCGCUCCGAGGCCCUCGCGCUGUCGGAGAUGGAGUAUGAUUUCAAGCUGCCCGAGGAGAGUCUCGACCGCAUCUUCCGCCAGCUGGUGCCGCCAGGGGCCAGAGGGCUCCCCUUGGCGAAACUGCAGCAGCUGAAGACGGCGGUCGGCAUCUCGCGGCACCAGGCUCGGGGUCUCGCGAGAAGGUUGCCAGAGGAUGAGAGGAUGAAGAGAGAGGAGCGCGAGGCCGCCGAGGCGGAGGCCAGGGCAUCCCGGCGGAAGGAGGCGCUGGCUGCGCUCGCGGGCGGGCUGUCCCAGAGGCUGGCUGCACUCGAGGCCCGGGUGGCGCCCGCCGAGCAGGCGGCCGCCGCGGCCGCGGCGGAGGGGCUGUCGGCGAGGGCCGCGGAGGCCGAUGGGUCCCUGAGAGCUGCCACGUCCGAGCUGGCGGAGAUCCGCAGCGCCGCCAGCGCCCUCGUGCGGGACGCCAACCGCCUGCCAGGGCACCCGAGGGAUCAGCUGCGGGGUCCCCUGCAGGCCCUCCUCGCGCAGAGGGGGGCCCUUGACGCGCGGCUGGAGAAGGCGGCCUCGUCGCUCCUGCUCGGCCGGCAGGCGGCCAUGGAGCCAGGGUGCGAGGGCUACGAGAGCUUGAGGCUGGAGGUGGCUGUCAAGAUGCAGGCGUGCGUGGAGGCCAUGGGCGGAAAGGUCACCGAUCUGUUUCAGGUCAUCUCCAAAGGAGCUGGCGACUCUGUCACGGCCGCCGACGCUGGCGCCUUCUUGAGGCAGAACAAGUGCGAGCUCGCGCAGGAGAAGGUCGACACCGUCUUCUCCAGGUUUUCCACCGGGUGCCUCGAGGGCGACGGCACUGCUGCACCCGCCGUCGGUGGUGCCGCGGUCGAGCUGGGCAGGAGUGAUUUCAUGAGCGUCGUCCGGGUGUACCAUAAGGUCGUCAAGGAGACGCUCCUGACUGACGGACUGCCCUGCCCGGGCAGCGCGCCCCUCCGGAGCGUGGAGGUCGGCGAGGUCCUGGAGGUUCUCCGGGGCCCCGUGGUGGAGCCGAGCACGGGCUCUCUGCGAAUCAGCGGCAGAUCUCUGAAAGACGGCCAGGUCGGCUGGGUCACCACCUCGGAGCCCGGCGGCGGCACCUUCCUGGUGCCGGGUGGCGGCGUCCUGCGGGUGGUGCGGCCUUGCAGCCUGUGCGGCCUGUCCGGCUCCAGGGGAAGCAGGGCGCUGCUGGAGGGGGAGAGGCUCCAGGUGCUGGACUGGAGCAGGACAUCGCCGGCGCCGACGGGCCUCACCCGUGUCCAGGCCAGGGCCACGGGCGACGGAGCCGUGGGGUGGACCACCAUCUUUGCCGGGGACGGCACGCGGCUCUUGGAGCCGCUGUGAGUCGCGACUGGCUCGGGCCGCUAUGCUGGGAGAGGUGGGCAUAUAUAGGCGCGCCGCGAAGGAAAGCCAGAUCUCCGACGAUCCGCUCUUUUUUCCAUCCCGGCGUUUUUUCUUCACUUCGGCUCCUGGGCCCCAGGAGAGUCUGAACCAGGCCCAGGACGAACAGCGAUUCCUGG